AUGACUCUCCACGCUCUUUCCCGAGACCUAGUAUCGUCCUUUGGUAUAGGCCUUGCGUUAUUAUGUGCAACAUACUUUGUGUACUAUACGGUUUACAACAUCUGGCUUCACCCGUUAGCUAAAGUCCCGGGUCCAUUGCUCGGCAGGGCGUCCCUCGUGCGUCCUGUUGUUCGUGUGUCACCGAAUGAGUUAUCCUUCGCCUCGCUUGAGUCUUGGAAAGCCAUUUAUGGCGCCACAAAUCCGCCGAUGAUCAAAAGCGAAUUCUACGAGAUGUAUGGGUCUGGGUUCAACAGCCUGUGCAUAGGUAGCGAGCGAGACCCCCAAAAGCACGCACAGAUGCGCAAAGCACUCCAGCCAGCUUUUACAAUUAAAGCGGUUUUGGAGCAAGAGAGCAUUGUACAGGCUUCCGUUGAUGAUUUUUUGGCCACCCUCAGUCAGAUUGGGGAUACCGUCAGUGGUUUGAACAUGACAAAAUGGUUCGAAAUGCUCGCUUUUGACAUUGUGGGUGAAAUGGCCUUUGGUGAAUCAUUCCACUGCAUAGAGAAUAGGAAACCCCAUUUCUGGUCAGACCUUAUCGUGGAGCACCUCUUCUUCAUCACAGUGCUGGACAAUCUACAGCGAUUUCCAUUAUUGAAAGCAAUCGGCACGAAGAUUCUACCUCGACUUACAACUAGCGUCAGAGAUAAACACUCGGGGUUCAGCCGCGAGAAGAUAGCAAGGCGCUUGGAGAAUCGAUUUUCCCGCAAGGACUUCAUGGACUACCUUGUUCAUAAGGUGGAUUCCGGAGACAUGGAAAAGGAAGAGCUCACGGCUCAUGCUUCAACGAUCAUUAUUGCAGGAGGUGAGACAGUAGCGACGUUUCUCUCGGCGGCUACCUAUUAUCUACUACAAAACCCCGAAGUGUAUCAAAAGGUCAAGGACGAAAUUCGCUCACGAUAUGCUUCAGUGAACCAAGUUGAUGCAACUUCUGCCCAGCAGUUGCCUUACCUACGUGCAUAUAUCGCAGAGUCAAUGCGAAUCUACCCACCAGCGUCCCAAGGAUUUCCUCGUCUUUCCAGUGGGACAACAAUCAAUGGCGUCUACAUUCCUCCAGGUGUCGAAGUAUAUACGAGUGCGUGGACCAUCACUCAUGACGAAAAAUACUUCCACGAUCCAUUCGCUUUCAAGCCCGAACGUUGGCUCGAUCCUAAAUGUGAGGACGUGAAGGAGGCGAGUCAACCUUUCUCAUUGGGCCCCCGAGGAUGCAUUGGUAAAAACUUUGCCUACAUGGAGAUUUGUCUAAUCCUAGCAAAGAUGCACUAUAAGUUUGAUCUGGAGCUCAUGGACAAACAUCUGGACUGGGAGGCUCAAAGCCGUAUCCAUAUGAUGUGGUGGAAACCCAAACUUCCUGUUCGGUUCACUCCUGCCACCGGGAAGAUGUAA